UCCCGCAUUUACGAGCCAGCAUGUUAUUUUCUCCUCCUGUUAACUCUACUCAUAUUCUGGUCACCCUAUUUCCCCUUCUCUCCACACUCAACCCCAAAAUACCCCUCCUCCACCUCCACUGUUCAAAACCCUAUUUCUCAACAAUGGCCGACGAUUCAUCCACCGCCGCCGCCUCCACCACCACCUCACCACCCCUCACCGCCGUCGCCACCACCACCGUCACCGGCGGCCUAUCCAAAACCGCUCAAAAGAAGCUCUUAAAACAGCAAAAAUUCGAAGCCAAGAGAGCUGAGAAGAAAGCGGCAGCCAAGGCGCAGAAGAAGAGCGAGACGGAGCGGAAGCGGAAGGAAUGGGAGGACAAGCUGGCGACUAUGUCGGAAGAGGAGAAGCUGAAAGUGAUGGAGUCGAGGAAAGAGGUGAGGAAGGAGAGGAUGGAUAGGAGAGCUGAGGAGAAGCAAUUGAAAGCGGAGAGGCUGAAUGCGGCGAAGAUGAAUGGGCAGAAUGUGGUGAUUGAUCUCGAGUUUUCGGAUCUUAUGACUCCCACUGAAAUCAAUAGUCUUGUUCAGCAGAUUAUGUACUGCUAUGCAGUAAAUGGGCGAUGUACUUCCGCCGCUCAUCUUUGGUUGACUGGUUGCCAAGGAGAAAUGGACAAGCAACUUCAACGGCUCCCAGGCUUUGAUAAGUGGAUCAUCGAUAAAGACACUCAACCAUAUAUUCAAACCUUCGAACAUCAAAAGGAACAUUUAGUGUACCUAACAGCAGAUUCUGAAACCAUGCUGGAUGACCUUGAUCCUAAGAAGAUAUAUAUUGUUGGGGGAUUAGUGGAUCGAAAUAGAUGGAAAGGAAUAACCAUGAAAAAAGCAGAAGAGCAGAACAUACAAACAGCAAAACUCCCAAUAGGGAACUUCCUGAAAAUGUCCAGUUCCCAGGUACUCACUGUGAAUCAAGUGAUAGAGAUAAUACUAAAGUACUUGGAGACAAGAGACUGGAAGGACUCAUUUUUUCAAGUGAUUCCUCAGAGAAAAAGAUUCGAAGCUGAUUCAGAAGAAAAGCAAGGAGACCUUGUAGAUGACAAAGAUGAACAACAGUAUGACGUUCAAGAGAAGAAAAAGCCUUGUACGGAAACUUGAAUGGCACAUGGCUAUUCUACUAAAUCUAUGUCAAUUUCAUAUCAUCAUAUACUAAUGUGAGGAUCUUGAAAUCUAGUUUAGUGCUUUAGUAUAGUGACUUCAACUUUCAAGUACCAGCAAUUUUAUAGCAGAGUCAUCCAGUUAUUUCAUUAGACUUCUAUAAAAAUAUUCAGUGAAUCAGAAGCUUAUAGAUCUUUAAGAUAUUGCCCAAGUGUUUAUCGUUUUUGGUUCAA